AUGAUUCUAGCGCUCCUCAUAUCCUCGGGUCUUGUCUGUGCCCGCAGCGAUGAGCCCAAGAAGAUCUUCUUGAACACAACAAAUCCCAGCUUCUAUGGGGAUAUGGAACUGAAUAUCGAGCUGGGAGACAAGAUCGACAUCUUUUGUCCUUUGGUCGACACCUUCGAAGAGACUCUAAAUAGCGAGAAUCCGCUUUUUCUGACUCUUUGGGCCGUUGAUAAAGACGGAUACGACAACUGUUCGAUAAAUGGAAGCACAAGCAAGCGAAUAAUCAGAUGCACAGUGCCGAAUUACGAAAAAAAGUUCACCAUCAAAGCAACAAGCUUCAGCGCGCUUCCCGGAAGCUUAUUGUUUGAGGAAGGAGAAACGUACUACUUUAUCGUGCCAAAUUACGGAAGAGAACUUGAAGAUAUCGAAGAGAUCAACUCGGAUGGUGGCUUGUGCAGGUCCCACAACAUCAGAUUUGCUAUUCAUGUCCGUUCAGCUGAUUGGGAGCCUGCAAAGCCAACAAGCGAAACUCUGGUCAAAGAGUCCGAGAUAUUUUAUGAAGAUACCAUCGAUGGAGAAAUCAUUGAGGAGCGCUCAUCCGAAGAACCUUCUUGGGAGAUGUGGUUUGGCAUUUUAAUCGGAGCGUCUCUCGUCAUGCUCGUCGUCUUAUGCUCGUUAUGCGUCAUUUUUCUUGUUCGAAGGAGAGUCCCGCCGAAAGAAUUCGUUGAGAGCUCGCAUGGCACCUUUGGACAUAUGUGGGAUAGGAGUAUUGACGAAUACGAGAACAUGACAAUCGUAAAAGAGGGCAAUCGGCAGGUGAUCACAAUCGACCGCCGCGGCGACUCGUCUCAUCUGAGCAAUCCGAUGGUGAAUCCCUCUUUGCGUCCCAAAAGCUGCCACUUUUCCUCCGAUCUAGCUACUCAGAGUUCAACGCUCACCGAUGAAACGCAGAGUCUUAUUGACGAGCCAAACUUUAGAAGUCAAAACGCGCAAAAUCAAAUACAGCUGACUCGCGAAGGCUUCGUUGUUCAAGUGUAA